GGUAUCCGGCUCAGGGCGGAGAGACAGUGUGCCGCCAUUUCUGUUGCCCCCGUCGGCAGAGUGAAGUGCAAAGGUGUUCUGGAGUUGCACAGCGCGGUGUUUGUUGUUUUAAACUUGCGUUUUGUCUCUUGCUUUCCUUUGUCGCUUAUCUUUAAGCAGCCGGCUGCUGCAUCUUUAAACAAACGAGCGGGGAAGAUGGUGAAGAUUUUCGUGGGCAACCUGCCGCGGCCGACCACGGCUGAGGAGAUCCGCGCCCUGUUCGAGAAGUACGGACCGGUCAGCGAGUGCGACCUGAUCAAGAACUAUGGCUUUGUGCACAUGAAGGACAGGGAUGCAGCAAAGGAGGCAAUUGAGAACCUGCACCACUAUAAGCUGCAUGGGGUCUGCAUUAAUGUGGAGGCCAGCAAGAGUGGGUCUAAAUCUUCCACCAAACUUCACGUGGGUAAUGUGGGCUCCGGUUGCACCAGCCAGGAACUGCAAGCCAAGUUUGAGGAGUAUGGAACGGUCCUGGAGUGUGAUAUCGUUAAGGACUACGCCUUUGUGCAUAUGGAGAGGAGUGAAGAUGCCAUGGAGGCCAUCAGGGGACUAGAUGGCACAGAAUUCAAAGGUUGUCGUUCCAGUCUUGCUGGUCGCAGCAUGCACAGAGUUAAAGCUGCUUUCUGCUGGCUGUUCUUGCAAGCUAAGGAAUAUACGUUAUUUUCUGGAAACAAUGAGCACUUGGCCCAGCUGGUGACCGAUUUGGGAAGUGUACCUGACAACGCCCACUUCCUUCAAAGAGCGGUCCAGAGAAGGCCAGAGAAAGGUGAGUGUACAUGGGUGCAGCUACCACAAACACAGAAGUAACUGAAGUAGGUCCAAAAUUACACAGAAGGUAUUCAACAAUUAAAGCAGAUAUUCACUGCAACUCAAGAUAUCAGACAAAAGCAUCAGGAUAGUUGAUGUGAAUAUCAAAAAAUCUGCAGAUGCAGGAAAACUGAAAUAAAAACAAAAUGCUAAAAGAGUUCAGCAAGUCAGGCAGUAUCCGUGGAAAAGAAAAAUUAACUUUUCAGAUCCUGGAACUCCGAAAGAGAGAAACUGAUUAGUCCAGGCAGCAGAGGUGGUGGGGGAAGGCAAUAGAUGAAAUAAAGGGAUUUCUCUGACAGGGUACAACUGGAUGACUUAAUGUGGGAGUUAAAAUCAGAUUAAGGUUUAUUGUCUGUAUAAACUGUUGCUAAUUUGCACGGUUAUUUAUUGUUGCAUAGUCUGGCAUACUGCAAUUAGCAUAGAAAAAAACUGCAGGAAAAAAAUGGUCAGUUCUCAUACAAACAGAAAGAACGAGUUAUCUAAAAUUGGAGAAUUUGAUACCAAGUCCUGCAGGCUGCAAUGUACCCAGAGGAAAGAUGAGGUGUUGUUCCUCAAGCUUAUGUUGGGCCUCAUUACAGCAAAAGAGGCCACGGACGGAAAGGUCACAGUGGGGGUCCAAUGGGGAAUUAAAGUGGCAGGCAGUUGGAAACUCUGGGUCAUUCCUGCACAAAGCAAUCACCUGAUCUGUUUUUGGUUUCUCCAAUGUAGAUGAGGCCACAUUGUGCCCUCAGAAAUAGGUAUAAUAGAUUGGAAGUGCAAGGGAAAUCGCUGCUUUAUCAGGAAAAGACUCUCUGGGUCCCUGGAUAGUGGAGGGAAAGAAGUGCAAGGACAGGUGUUGCUUCUCCUCCUACUGCAUGUGUCACACGACGGGGUUGUAGGCGGGGACGGAUGAACGGACCAGGGAGUUGCAAAGGGAACUUGCUGGUGUUUUGGUCUAAUGGCUUGGUGGUUAUGUUACUGGACUAGUAACACAGAGGCCUGGACUGAAGGUUGCUUCAAAUGCAACAGCUAAAUUCAGUUCAUUAGAUAAGUCAAGACGGAAAAGCUAGCAUCAGAAAAGGUCAGAGUCAUACAAUCAGAUCCAGACUCUUUAAUCCACCAAGUCCACACCGACCAUCAAGCACCCAUCUACACCAAUCCUAUACUAAUUUUAUUUUCUUCUCCCCACAUUCCCAUCAACUCCCCCCAGAUUCACACCCGUACACUAGGGACAAUAUACAGUGGGCAACUAACCCACCAAACUGCACAUCUUUGGGAUGUGGGAAGAGUACCCAGGGGAACAUGCAAACUCCACACAGACAGCACCGGAGGUCAGGAUUGAACCCAGGUUGCUGGAGCGCUCCCAUUUGUGCCACUAGCUGUGCCACUGGUGAUCAAGAAACUGCCAGAUUGUAAUAACUUCCAGGUGUUUAUGAAGGCAGUAAAUCUGCCAUCCUUGCCCACACCUGAUACAACACAAAAGAUUCUGAAAAGGCCCUUGUAAACCACUCACUUCAAGGGCAAUUAGCCUGGCCAGGGUUUUCCCACGUCCUAUGAAUGAAUAUAGAAAAAUAGCCCUGCAAUGCCUUGAUCACUAAACCUCUUUCUUCAGUUAAAAAAACAUCCAGGUAAAUAUGAUUCUUUAGCCUUGUUUGAAUCAUUGGUUGUGGAGGGGAGACUGUUUUCCAGGAUAACGGAGACACAAGAGACUGCAGAUGCUGGAAUCUGGAGCAACACACAAUCUGCUGGAGGAACUCAGCGGGUCAAGAAGCAUCUGUAGGAGGAAAGGAACUGUCACCGUUUCAGGUCGAAACCUUGAUGCAAGUUGAUAAAGUUCUCGAUCCACCCUUGCAGUAAUUGUUCAUCACUUCCUGACAUAGUAUUAUUUUGACAGUAAUCUGGUCCUAGUCCCUAUUUUCCAAGAAUACAUAGUGGAGGAACAAGAUAUUUUACUGCCUUAUUUUAUUUUAUUCAAGUUCCCACAUCAUUCUCAUAGGUCAUUUCUACACCUCCCCCAGAGCCCCACAUCCAUACUAUUGUGAGGCGGAUUCUCCCAAGACAGCUUUACUCUCAUCAAAGUCGGCACUGUGGCUGGGAAGCUGAAGCUGGUUCACUGGACUGGUGCCGGAACGGCUGCCAUGGAACGCUGAACUUUCUGUAGAGACUGUUACAGCCAUCGUCACUCUCCCCUAUUCUUCUCAAAGUCCUCAACACCACGCACACCUAUCAAUCCUGGGAGCAUGACAUGAAAUGGCACACUAGCUCGGGACUUUCUGUAUCCCAGCGGAGUAGGUUUUCAUAUCCUUUUUUGCAAGACUAAAUAUCCUGUUCCUCUGCUGCGAAUCCCUGGAAAAUACAGAUUGGGGACCAGAUUCCCAUUAAAGUUUUGUGUUACUCUCUGCUGGAUCAGGGAUCCCAGAAGCUUCAGAGUCAAUUAUAUUCACUGGACUUGCUGCAGGACAAAAUAAAUCAGCCUUAGAACAGAACAGUACAGCACAAGAACAGGCCCUUCAGCCCAUGAUGUGGUGAAGGCGGCUUUUGGCACACUGGCCUUCAUGGUAGUGUAGCAGUUAGCAUAAUGCUUUACAGCGCCAGUGACCCGGGUUCAAUUCCGGCCACUGUCUGUAAGGAGUUUGUACGUUCUCCCUGUGUCUGCGUGGGUUUCCUCCGGGUGCUCCGGUUUCCUCCCGCAUUCCAAAGACAUACGGGUUAGGAAGUCGUGGGCAUGCUAUGUUGGCGCCGGAAGCGUGGCGACACUUGCAGGCUGCCCCCAGAACACUACGCAAAAAGAUGUAUUUCACUGUGUGUUUCAAUGUACAUGUGACUAAUAAAGUAAAUCUUAUAAGUCAAGGCAUUGAGUUUAAAAGUUGGGAGGUCAUGGUGCAGUUGUACAGGAGGCUGGUGAGGCCAUAUUUGGAGUGUUGUCUUCAGUUUUGGUUGCCUGCUAUAGGAAAGAUGUUAUUAAACUGGAAAGAGCACAGAAAAGAUUUACAAGGAUGUUGCCAGGAUUUGAGGGAUUAAAUUAUAGGGAGACGUUGGACAGGCUAGCGCUUUAUUCCUUGAAGUGUAGGAGACUGUGAGGUGAUCUUAGAGAGGCGUAUAAAAUGAUGAGGGGCAUAGGUAGGGUAAAUGCACUGACUUCCCCCCCCCCCCCCCACAGAGUUGGGGAAGCAAGAACUAGAGAGCAUAGGUUUGAGGCGAGAGGGGAAAGACUUAAUAGGAACUUGAGGGGCAACAUUUUUUUUACACAUGAUAUGGGUGAUAUCCAUGUGGAAUGAGAUGCCAGAGGAAGUGGUUGAGGCAGGUACAAUAACUUUUAAAAGAGUUAGACAGGUACAUGGAUUGGAAAGGUUUAGAGGCCAAAUGGCUUGGAUGGGGCAUCUUGGCUGGCAUGGACUAGAUAGGCCAAAAAGCCUGUUUCCGUGCUGUAUGACUAUGACCCUAUGUCUGCAACACACACAAUGCCAAAUUAAACUGAAUACCUUCUGCCUGCACAUGGUCCAUAUCCCUCCAUUCCCUGCAUAGUCAUGUGUCUAUCUAAAAGUCACCCAACUGCCAUGACCGUAUCCGUCUUCAAAUCGUACAGCAUAGAAACAGUCCAAUGAGUCUGUGGUGACCAUCAAUUAGCUAUUUAUACUAAUCCUAAUUUAUUCUCUCCACAAUCCCAUCACCUCUCCCCCUCCCCCCGAUUCUCACAUUCACCUGCACACUUGGGGCAAUUUACAGCGGCUAAUUGACCUACUGGCCUGCCCGUCUUUGGGAUGAGGGAGCACGAGGAGGAAAACAAUGUGGUGCAAUCUCCAUACACACAAGACCCAAGGUCAGGAUCGAACCCGGGUCUCUGGAGCUGUGAGGCAGCAGAUCUAAUCUGCUGUGCCACAAACAGGGCCAGAGCAUGAACCUUCAGGAUUGGCCAAUAGUCAUGAAUGCAGGGGGCCACCAGGGUGUCAACAGCCUGGAAGGCACAACAGAUUGCAGGAGCUGGAAUCUGGAGCAACAACCAAGAUGCUAGAGGAAUAGCCUAGGUCAUGUUUCAACCCCUGGGGGCCUCAGACACAAUUAGUGCUAGUCUCCAGAUGCCUUUUCUAUAUCAAAACCUGCUCUGUGUUUAAUCUGCUUCCAAAGCAGGAAGAGCUUGAUGUUAAUUACUUCAUCUUUCCUGCUUUCUUUUAAUUGAGGAGUCUCGUGUGAAGUUAGUUGGCAGAUAUUUUGAAAUGUCUGUCAUUAUAUCUACCGCAAUUAAAAUCAGAACUUUACAGGGAGCCAUGAGCAAAGCACAAAUAUGCACUGCCUUGAUAAAUUUUGCAUCCAUCACUAAUUAUAAAUCGUAGGAUCUCAGAAGCCAAUGACACAAAGGGAGGCCAUUCAGCCCAUCAUGUCCCUGCAGACAAAUGGAUCUUAGGUUGACCCCACUUCCCAGCUCUUUGUUGGUAGCCCUGUAGGUUAUAGCCCUUCGGACACUCCUCCAUAAGUGGAAAGGGUUUCUGCUCCCCUGCCUUUUCCAGAUGCUGUAACUCAUUGGGUUAAAUAAUCCUGUUCUGGCAGGAUGAGUUGAGCCAGUAUACUUAUUAGCCAUGAUCUAACUAAACAAUAGAACAGGUUUGAGCGGCUGAAUAGACUGCUUGUGCAACGUAGACUGCUUGGGCAACAGUGUUCACAAUGAUUUUCGCAAUUUCUAUCUUUGCAUCUCGAUUGCAAUCCCAAAUCUUUUACACCGAUUCAGGAGUCAAGUUGCCAUGAGCCACAAUGGUUUGAUUCAAUCUCAAGUUAAAGUUGCCCAUACAGCAGUCACCAAACACCCCCAUACUCCUCUCAUCACAUUCAAAGCCUGUCCAAACAUCCACUACAAAUUGCAAAUUCAACUGUUUUUGAGAAUUGGAAAUGUUGGGAGUUUUCUACUGUGCACCUCUUCCCUUACAAAUGGGAAGGCAUCUAGUUAAAAAUUAACCAGUGAAACAGAAGCAAACAGAGAAGAACUUCUCACUGGGUGUCUGAGACUUCCCAAAGUUAUAGAUGCCGAAGCACAGGUUCAGGGGGAUUAGUGUCAUCCAUGCAUCAGCGUCUACAACAUCUUCAAAAGGUUGAUGAACCCCAAGAUUUCUCAGGGAUAUAACCAUAGACUAGCUUUAGACAGCCAUUGAUCCUGGGAGCUGACGUCAAGCUAUUUAGGGUUGGAAGUAGAUUUGUUGUCAUUGUGCAGACCGUCAAUAAUCAACUGGGUGUUCACCUCCAGUUUACUGGGGCACGGUCAGAAGCAGUGUAUUCCAAAGGGCCUGCAAGCAGCAAGUAAUCUGAAGAUCCAUUGCAAUCUGGAGACGUGUGUGUGUGCGCGUGUGUCCACGUGUGGAGUAAAGACUGGGGGCCCUGGUGCUAGAGAAAUUAUCCAUCUAUUUCAAGUGGACUGAAUAUGCAUCUUAGACUUCCUCAGCCAGCAGAAAGCCUUUGACAAAAUAUCACACACAUAUACAAUGGAUAUACUUUACAAAAUGGGUUUUGGGGAUGGACUGCUCAACACAAUCAUCUGCGGCUCAGUGCUAAUCAAAAUGGGUGGGAAACAGAAAGCUUCCCUAUCAAAUCUAGAGUUGAGCAUGGCUGUCACGUGCCUCCUUUGUGCACUGCAUGGACCCUUUUGCUGAGUUCAUCAGGAAGGACAGGGAGGUAAGAGGGGUGAUAAUGCACAAGGCAAUGAGAACACUCACAUCUAAACCUCCCCGUACAUGGACGAAGUCACCGUCUUCUGUUCAGACCCUGGUGGGUGUACAGAUUGAUCAGCAUCUGAGAUCAGUUUGAGCUGAUCACAGGGGCCAGAGCCAAUCACAGCAAGAGUGAGGCCAUGUUCUUCAGCAACUGGCCCGACCGAUCCUCCGUUCCCUUCACAGACAGGUCUGAUUACCUGAAGGUGAAGAGAAUCUGUUUCAGAAGCGUUGGGGCGUGCACCACGGUCUACACAGAGCACAUAGAUGAGACAAAGAAAAAUCUGCUGUACUGGCCAGUGCCCAGGGUCAAUCGCAGAAAGGAACCUGGUCAUCAGAUGUGAUCUCAGUGUUGCUGUACCUGGCACAGGUGUGGUCCAUACCCCACUGGUGCUCUGUAGCAGUCAACCAAGGCCUGUUUCACUUCAUCUGGAGCAAGUUUGCAGAAACUUGAUAUACAAGCCUCCAAAUAAAGAAGGGAAAUGUGGCCCUCAUUCCAAUGGCUACCUUUGUGUGUGAUUGCAUCAAGUUAUUGCAGGCACCAGGUGUCACUAUGUGCUGAGUUUCUAUGUGUUCCUCGUGUUGCAAUGCAUGGUCUGGCCACAAGGCCUUGGAACUCUCAGCUGAAGCACAAGGUACCUCCUGUCCCUUGUAGAACAUUUUGUCCAGAGCACCCUUCACCACGUCAAUCAGACUGUGGUCUUCCCCAGCCCUACUCUGCAGGACAUGGAGACACCUCACGGGGUGAUUCCCCGAGCUAAGAGUCAGAGUGGAGACACAGGAGACUGUGGAUGUUGGAAUCUGGAACGAAGAAGAACACACUGCUGGGGAAACUCAGCAAGUCAUGCAGCAUCUGUGGAGGGAAAUGGACAGUCAAUGUUUUGGGCCAAGAGUCUACAUCUGGACUCUCCAUUUCCCUCCACUGAUGCUGCCUGACUCAGAGUUCUUCCAUCAGUUUUUUGACUGUCAAAGAGAUUUGAUAUCAAAGCUUUUAACAAGCACCAAGACCUUGCUUGGUUGGUAGUGAGAAGGGCCCUCCCCAUCAGAUCUGUCAUGUGUGGUUGGAAUACUGGCCACACUGAAACAGCCACACUGGAAAGGAGACGGUAGCCCAUCUCCUUAGCAAACGUCCCUUUGCCAGUAAGAUCUGCAAUGAGAUGCAGAAGUAAUGUUUGGAGGCUUGUCCCGAACAGCUGCUAAGCAGAGAACUCUGUAUGAGCCGCUCCUGGCGUCUCACACUGCAAAGAAUUUCAACCACCGCUAGAGAACCAUCAACGCAGUGAGAAACACCCGCUGCUUGGCCCGAGAUUCACUGGUGUUCCACUGCAAAGACUGAGAACUGCAAACUAGCACACUACAAGGUCAGGAGCACGUGUUGAGUGAUAUGCUGAAACUGACUGCAGUCGCUGCAUGGGCUCAUUGGGGAUGGUUUCAUUCCCUUUCACCACUGCAUUAGAACUUCAAGGAUGACUUGCUUAAAAAUCAAAUGAAUGUUAACUGACAGUGUGCUGAUAAGAACAUGACUUGUUGUGAAAACAUUGACUGGAACAUUCUACACUCUAUUUGUUGACAUUUUGUGAAUAAAGCAUAUUUUGAAAUAUACAAAGGAUCUGAACACCAGCUACUGGAUGCUCAAAGCUAUGGUUUGGGCUGAAUUCCUCCCCUCCCAGCACUGCAUGCGGGAUCCAAGUGUGUUCUCCCUAGUCUCCCAAUAAAGUUCACCAUAAUUUCUCUGCUCUCCUCUCAUAUCGAAUCCCAGAACUUUAUUUACUUAUUGUUUUGACUGGACUCAACCAUUUUGCUAUUUUUGGUCAUUUGAGUCACUAGAGCCCAGAUCCCCCACUACUUCCUUACUUGGACAUGAUUUUUUUGCAGGGAAUAUGGCCUCUGAAACUUUGCAUCAAAUCAAAACAUACUCCUGCUUAUUGAAGGCCAUUUCAUAACUACUUGCAUGUUCUGCUGAGGACGUGUAGGAUUAAUAAACUAUAACUGUAUUCAUAUCUUAAGACAGAUGAGAAUUAUGGCUGCUCGAAAUACUGAUUUAAAAAGUGUCCUUCAGGUCAGAACAGCCACACCACUGCUUUCCUGGGCUGUGUGCUGUGUGGUAAUUGCUGUCUGGAACUUAAUUGGAUUUCCAUUAUGUUUGACUAUGAAGAUGAUGGUCAGUCUUAACGGGAAAUGGGAAGGCUGUCUCAAACAAUGAAGAUGAUACCUGCCUUUGUCUCACCCGAUUGCAAAACGAUUAGCUGAACCUGGGGUGUGAGGCUGCUCUUCGUCCAUCUGCAGUAGCUCUUUGUCCGUUUCCUGCUCGACCAAGAACUCUGGCGCCUGACUCAUUGUGCGUGACAAUGUUUGUAUAAAUUACUGUCUGCCUCCUCUGUACCUCGGGGAACCCCACCGCGGACUCUGCCUGAG